GUGCGAGCUGCUGCAGCGGUCGGUGUGUGCAUUUGAGCCGACGGACUGACUGAGCGAGCGAGCGAGGGUCUGGUGAGUGCGCUGCUGUGUGCUGUUCCUUCGGUGGUGUUGUUGUGUCGUAGGUGGUGGUGAACUACGUUAUUUGUGUCCCGCUGUCAGUAGAUUUCCCGUGAACGGAGCGUUCCUCGAUCCGGCCGGAGUCGCGACGAAUCGCUCAGAGUGCCUUCACAACAAGUGCAUUCGUACAAGACGGUGUUUGGCCAGCCCACCGACUCGCAUACCGUCUGCGUCCUCGGCCAGUCAACGACGAGUGGAAACGCCGAUAGGGCACAAUCUCGUCCUGGUCGCUUGGUUUCUCGUUUCUCGUCCCCGUUGGUCUCAUCCGGUCCGACGUGUUUCGGACGGUCGCGAAAACGUUCGAGUUUCGUCGCUGUUCAGUGUGUUCCGUGAGUCCCGGAGGUGCGUGUUCGCCGUAUACAGCGUUUUCGUUUGCCCACCCGUCGUUUCUGUGGUCUCGUCGUUCUUCGGUCUCCUCGCUGUGCGACGUGCUGAUUGACUUGUUCGAGUGCUGCCGGCCCUGUAGUCUCGGAGUACAACAGCCGCAGCAGCAGCGGCAGCGAUAGCGGCACCAGCAACAACAAGGAACGCCUAGUGAACGUCUCAAGUACGACGGACCGGUGGAGUAGGCUAUAGGCCUGGCCAGAGAUAGACAGACAGAGAAGUGAAAACGCCUCAACCCGUUAGCCGACAGAAUGGAGGCUGUUGCCAAACACGACUUCAAUGCGACCGCCUGUGAUGAGCUCAGCUUCCGAAAAGCGCAAGUACUUAAGGUGCUGAACAUGGAGGACGAUAUGAAUUGGUAUCGCGCAGAGCUCGACGGCAAGGAAGGACUCAUCCCCUCGAACUACAUUGAGAUGAGGAAACAUGAUUGGUACUACGGCCGCAUAACGCGUGCCGACGCAGAGAAGUUACUUAGCAACAAGCACGAAGGAGCUUUCUUGAUCCGCGUCAGUGAAAGCAGCCCCGGGGAUUUCUCCCUCUCUGUCAAAUGUGGGGACGGUGUCCAACACUUCAAGGUCCUCCGUGACACCACCGGCAUGUUCUUCUUGUGGGUUGUCAAGUUUCCGUCUCUGAACGAACUGGUCGACUAUCACCGUUCGUCUUCCGUAUCACGAUCUCAGAUCAUCAAGCUCAGGGACAUGCUUCCCGAUGAGGUAGGAGAGAGUCUUGUCCGCGCCAUGUACGAUUUCACUCCUCAGGAAGCCGGCGAGCUCGAGUUCCGUCGCGGAGAAAUCAUCACCGUUAUCGACCGCACCGAUCCCAACUGGUGGGAAGGCGAGAUCGCAAGUCGACGAGGAUAUUUCCCUGCCACCUACGUUGUUCCCUACCAACCAAAUUAGAGUGCUCCAGCCCGCGGGAGAAAGAUUUUCAGGGAGCCAUGCAUACAAGACAGCAAAGAAGCAAGAUAACUUAGAGCGGGACGAUGAUGAUGACGAGCGAUUGAUCGCCAACUUCGCCAUGAUAUCGAGCUAGAUUUCGAUCUUAACCCGCGCAUGUACUCCGUAGCGGACGCAGAGAAGGGGAAUCUUUAUCCGGUGGAAAAUCGACGAUGAGCCUCGGAAACUUCCAUGUCGUGUACAUAUUUAUUCGCGUAUUCCUUCUUUGUCCACAAUAAAUUUGCUUCUGAUAG